GCAGCAUUUUGGAAUAAUUAUGAAAUAGUAUCAUUAUUAUUACAAAAUGAUAUUGAUAUAAAUUCACAAACAAAUGGUGGACAAACAGCAUUACAUUUAGCUGCAUCACAAAAAAAAUCAUCGUGA